UUGAACAGUAUUAAAAAUGACAGGAUUUAAGCAAACACUGUGUUAUUUACUAAUAAUCUUUGCUAUCUCUAGGUCCGCCCAAGGACUUGGAGCAGAACAGGCUGCCAGACUGGGAAGAGAGGAAACUGUGGUCAAGGUUAUAGGGGUUAAGGAGCAUUUGGAAGGGUGUAGCACGUUUGUGGGCCUGUUGGGGGAGUAUGUGAAGGCUUUGGAGGAGUUUGAAGGGACCGAGGUGUCACAGCAGUUGCAGUUUCAUUGGAGUUACAGCUGGUCAAUACCUGGUGGCUUUGUUGCUCUCACCCUUUCAGGGACAGGACAGAUUGGGUGGAGAUGGCAAGAAGCUGAAAUGUCUGUUGAUGUUUGGAGAGUAGUAAUAACACCCUACUUCGAAGCUUUUAUUACCUCCCUAACACUUGUGCAGUCAAAUAUCUUGGAGAUGUCUUCAUGGACAGAUCUAGAUGUUAUCAACUUACAUCUUCCCCUUACAUUUGCUGUUGAGGAUAGGGGAGCUUGAUUCUCAGCCUCAAUAGACCAUCUUCCGAUCAAUUUCAAUAACACACUGGACAUUACUCCAUACGAAUGCAGCACUGAAAUCAUUGAAGAUUUAGUCAACGAGAACUCUGUUGAAUUUGGAUGAAAUGCAUUGAGCAACUUCAAAGGCCAUACACUCAGGAUUGAUUUUACAGACCUCUAUCGUUUUGAGCUGUUACCAUACCAUUGCAUCAGCUUAGACUAGGCAUGUGGAUAUGUAUCAUAAAAUUUCAACCACAUUUUA